AUGUCAAUUGCUAUUUCUCAAGCGGUUCUGCAACAUCGCGCCUCAUUACAAUUUGGGGUGCCUGGUACUAAUAUAGCAUUCAAAUUCAAGAAUUAUAGGGUUACCGGAAACAUGAUCAGCGGCGCUAGCCAGCAACAUAAAAAACGCCAUGCUCCACUACGAAAAACAGAUGCGAUGGGUCACGCAGAACGACGGAAUUAUGUGAUACUGGAUGAGGUGUGGCGAUCUGGAGGCAGUGAAUGUUUCGAGAUUAUUCCGCCCGGAGGAAUUGGCCCCGAUGGUGAGCCGAUGUUUCUCCGGUUAAAUAUCGGCGGGCAACAGUACAUGCUUUUGGUAGACGCUCUUCUUCGAGCUGAACCUUCUGGAUUUCUAGCGAAAUUCGUGCAACUGACACAUACAGCCCGAUUAAAGGUUGCCGACGCCUAUCUACCAACAGAGGGCUCAUACUUCUUCCAGCGAUCACCGAUAGCCUUCGAUGCGAUAUUUCAGUAUUAUGCGACAGGAGUAAUUCAUCGUCCAUCAGAGGUAUGCCCGGCAGCAUUUCUCAGUGAACUUGAUUUUUGGCUUAUCUCUUACCAACACGUCGGUUCGUGUUGUGCCGACAUCGUUCCACAAAAGAAAGAAGAAGAAAAAGAAGAGGAAAAGGUAGAUGAUACAAUGUUCGAAAAAUUGAUGUUUGGUAAAGUCCGGCGACGAAUGUGGACAUUUCUUGAACGACCGGGUUCGUCAAUGCAAGCCAAAGCAUUCGAACUGUCUUCCACACUUUUUGUUGCCAUUUCCGUCAUGGGCCUCAGUUUCGGCACUAUUCCAGAUUUCCAGGUAACGCAUUACAUGCCUCCGCAUAAUGAAACGAUAGUUCUUCCGAAUGGCACGGUUACGGUGGUGGAAAAGGUGGAAGAGAUGAGAGUCGAGCAUCCGGUGUUUGUCUUCACUGAACGAAUUUGCAUUGCAUUCUUCACUGUCGAGUACUCUCUACGGUUAUUUGCAGCACCGCGAAAGCUACGUUUCGCGCUUAAACCGUUGAAUCUUGUUGAUUUGCUUGCUAUCGUGCCUUUCUACCUCGAACUAUUGCUCACACUAUGUGGCGUUGAUGACAAAAAACUACGAGAUUUACGAUGGGCAUUUCUUGUAGUAAGGAUAUUGAGAGUAUUACGAGUGAUUCGAAUCAUUAAACUCGGUCGAUUCUCGUCCGGAUUGCAAACGUUUGGUAUGACAUUACAACGAUCACAAAAGCAACUGCAAAUGAUGACUAUAGUAUUACUGACGGGUGUCGUAUUCUUCUCAACAAUGAUAUACUUCCUCGAAAAGGACGAAGAUGGUACGCCAUUCACCAGCAUACCAGCUGCAUAUUGGUGGUGCAUCGUGACCAUGACCACAGUAGGAUAUGGAGACGCAGUUCCGGCCACAACCAUGGGAAAGAUUAUCGCAUCGGCAGCAAUCAUGUGUGGAGUGUUGGUGUUAGCGUUACCGAUUACGAUCAUCGUGGAUAACUUCAUUAAAGUAGCACAAGACGAGCAACAAGCCGAACAGGCAAAGCACGACCACCACCGGCAUGAGCUCGUUCUUCAGUCGAUGCUUCACGGUGAUGAAGACUGA